CGCUUCCUAGUCAUCAAAUCCUUCACAGAAGAAGACGUGCACCGCUCCAUCCGACACGGCAUCUGGGCAUCUACGGACAAGGGCAAUCAACGUUUGAAUCGCGUCUAUUCCGACUGUCAACGGGACGCGGACCAGCGCGGCGAGCCGGCGACAGUCUAUCUGUUCUUCUCCAUCAAUGGUUCUGGUCACUUUUGCGGGCUAGCUCGUAUGACCAGCGCCGUAGACUUUGAUGCUCACUCGGAUGUGUGGGCCCAAGAGGGCAAAUGGAAAGGGACGUUCAAGGUGGAGCACAUCUUUGUCAAGGAUGUGCCUAACAGGGAGUUGAGACAUAUCAAGUUGCCCAACAGUCCGGAGAGGAAGAAUGUGACGCAGAGUCGAGACACGCAGGAGUUGGAUCGAGAGGGAGGUGUGGAGCUGCUGAGGAUCGUUCACGGGUUCCCGGCGAGAACAAGUCUUUUG